CCGGUCUGCUCAGCCUUUGAUGUCCAAAGCUGUUAUGACCACAAAAACAGGGGAUAUGAUGGACGGUAUCAUCACAAACCCUCCUGGAGAUGCCCAUCCUCCAGUUCCGCCCCCGGACCCGAUUGAGCGCCCUCCCACCCCCUCCCCCACCACCUCCUGAAGACUCCGCAGCUCCUCCGCCCCCUCCGGACACUAUCGCGCCUCCACCACCGCCAGAGGAUGUCCCUCCUCCUCCUCCUCCACCGGAGACGAAGAAAAAGAAAGUAGGAUGGGGUGCAAAGCGCCCUUCUGCGGCGCCAUUAAGUGUGGAGGAGCUUUUACGGAAGAAAAAAGAAGCCGAUGCUGCUGCUGCCAAGCCGAAAUUCUUGUCCAAAGCGGAACGAGAGAGGCUCGCGCUCGAAAAGCGCGCGAAGGAAUUUGAAUCAGAAAGAAGGUUGAUAGACAAAAGUGCUACUACAAAUGGUGCUGAUAGGAAUGGGACACGGUCGCCAUCAGUUAGAUCGGACGGACCUAACGGCGAUGCGAGAACGAUUCCGACAAGGCCUCGAGCUAUGCAGAGUGGCGGAGCAAUCCCCACAGCGCCGGCAUCUAUGAGGCAUGACAUGCCUAACAAAAACUACGAUAUGAACCCUCCACUACCGCCGAAAGCGAUGUCCUUCGGUCUUAAGGAUUCAAAGGAUUCAAGGGGCGAGAAACGGCCUGCGGAUGAAGACGAGGCCGCUGCGCAGGCUGCAAUAAUCAAGCAGCGGUAUAUGGGUGCAGAUCAGACGUCAAGUUUCUCGGCAAAGAAGAAGCGAAGGCGGGCGACAGACCGGAAGUUCAAUUUCGAAUGGAGUGCAGAGGAAGAUACGAGUGGCGAUUAUAACCCCCUCUAUCAACAUAAACAUGAGGCGAAUUUCUUCGGUCGUGGUCGUCUAGCGGGCUUCGGUGACGAUGUUGCUGAUGACAUGACGAAAAGAUAUGCCCAGGCCCUAGAAGAUCGAGAUCGUGAGGCGGGGACCAUCCGAGCUAGGGAGAUCAUGGAAAUGGAGAGGAGGCGGAGAGAGGAAAGCACGCGCAACCAACUCGAUAAACAUUGGAGUGAGAAAAAGCUGGAGCACAUGCGGGAGAGAGACUGGCGUAUUUUCAAGGAGGAUUUCAACAUCAGUACCAAGGGCGGAAGUGUGCCGAAUCCUAUGCGGUCAUGGGGGGAGUCUGGUCUUCCCAGGCGGCUGCUCGAACUAGUUUCGGCAGUUGGCUACAAAGAACCUACACCUAUCCAACGUGCUGCUAUUCCCAUUGCGCUGCAAUCGCGUGAUCUUAUCGGUGUUGCUGUGACCGGUUCAGGAAAGACGGCGUCAUUCCUGCUUCCUCUCCUUGUCUACAUCGCGGAGCUUCCUCGGAUCGAUGAGUUUGAAUGGCGAAAGAACGACGGUCCUUACUCGAUCGUGCUAGCUCCGACCCGUGAAUUGGCGCAACAGAUCGAGAUCGAGGCAAGGAAGUUUACAGAACCUCUUGGGUUCACUGUUGUCAGUAUCGUCGGUGGCCAUUCCUUCGAGGAACAAGCAUACAGUUUACGGAACGGCGCAGAGAUCAUCAUUGCCACGCCCGGUCGUCUAGUCGAUUGUAUCGAGCGUCGGCUCCUUGUGCUCAGCCAAUGCUGCUAUGUCAUUAUGGACGAAGCCGACCGCAUGAUUGAUCUUGGCUUUGAAGACCCGGUGAACAAGAUCCUCGAUGCUCUCCCUGUCUCUAACGAGAAGCCUGAUACCGACGAAGCCGAAGACUCCCGUGCUAUGUCCCAACAUCUCGGUGGCAAAGACCGUUAUCGGCAGACGAUGAUGUAUACGGCCACUAUGCCGGCAGCUGUUGAAAGGAUUGCCAGAAAAUACCUUCGCCGUCCGGCGAUCGUCACAAUCGGUAGCGCCGGCGAGGCUGUCGACACAGUCGAACAGCGUGUUGAGUUCAUUUCAGGAGAAGACAAGCGCAAGAAGCGUCUCGCCGAUAUUCUUUCCUCGAACGAAUUUCGGCCGCCGAUCAUUGUCUUCGUCAAUAUCAAGCGGAACUGUGAUGCCAUUGCGAGAGAGAUCAAGCAGAUGGGUUUCACAUCGGUUACGCUACAUGGAAGCAAAACCCAGGAACAGCGAGAGGCGGCCCUCGCUUCAGUCCGAAAUGGUUCGACGGACGUGCUUGUUGCGACGGAUCUGGCCGGUCGAGGUAUCGAUGUCCCGGAUGUUAGUCUCGUGGUUAAUUUCAACAUGGCCACCUCUAUCGAGAGCUACACGCAUCGCAUUGGUAGAACCGGUCGUGCCGGGAAGAGCGGCGUUGCCAUUACAUUUUUGGGCAAUGAGGAUACGGAUGUUAUGUACGAUCUCAAGCAAAUGCUCAUGAAAUCGCCUAUUUCCCGAGUCCCCGACGAACUCCGCAAACACGAGGCAGCUCAGUCUAAGCCUACUCGGGGGAUGGGAAAGAAAAUCGAGGAGAGUUCCGGCUUCGGGGGAAAGGGAGGAUGGGCUUGAUUCGUGUUCUGCUCUCGUCCUCUUUCUCCUUUGCCCUUUGCUGGUGCGUUCUUGGAGUUUGCUUUCAAUGGACUGCAUUCUGUGUAUGGAGUAUGGUUUUUCAGGUUCUUACUUCGGUGUCGACUGAAAUGUAUAAUAUAAUAGCACAUGAAGCCAAGACAACAAUGGGAAUUUGCGCGUAUGUACGAGUUCGCAAUCUCGCUGGAUUUAUGCACGAAUAGGACUAUAUACAUUUGGUUGAACAGGAAUAAUGCGAAAAGAUAUGCUUCAACUCUGUUUCCAUUCAACCUCGUCUUUUUUUGUUUUCAACCUCGUGAACUCCGUUUCCAAUGCCACUGCCAUUCACUGUCAAUGCAACGCUUAGUUUUUAACAGACCGACCCUGAACGUAUACAGAAGCAAUGUUCCUGUCAUCUCCAGUCAUGAGAAACUUCUCAAAGAUAUCGGCGAUAGUAUCCACGUCUUCAACGAGCGUGCUCACCCGAUCCCCCUCCGCGGUGGUGAUCUUUAGCGCAUCGAACUCCUUGCCAACAGCAAAGGUUCCCACCUUGUCGCUCAGAUUGCAGACCUUGGCACCGCCCAGCGUGGCCAUAUAGAAGGCCUCGUUCAAGCUCACGACGGCAUUCCGGUCCCCUGUCAUCACAGCUCUCCCAUUACUAGUGAUGACGGCCUGCCUGAUCGCGUCGAGGAUACUGCUGCUGAAGCCACCUCCAUUGUCGGUGCCCAGACCGACCUUGAUGCCCAUGUCGAUGUAGCGUCGGAUAGGCGCAGCGCCCCAUUCACCCCCCGUGGUGUUGCUGACGGGGCAAUGUGCCACGCCGACGUCGCACUCCUUCAAUCUGCCGAUCUCAUAGUCGUUGGGGUAGAUGCAGUGCGCCAUGAUGGUGCGGUCGUUGAAGAGACCGAAAUACUCAUACAGAUCUGCCUCGUUGCUGAACUGCGGGAACAGCUGACGGGUGAUUUCGACUUCUUGUCUGGCCUCGUCGAAAUGCGUCUGGAUCAUCAUCUUCGGCUCGCGCUUGGCGAUCUUGCCUAGUCCGUCCAGCAACUCCUCGUCGCAGCAGAUGGCGAACCGGGGCGUCAGGAUAGGCUGCACGAGUCGGCAUUCAGGGUCGAGUUCCUUCAUGUACGCGAGGAAAUCCUCCGUGGUCUCGAGCGACUCCUUGGAGCUCUCGUCGACGUAGAAAUCCGGCGCGGAGCGUGCCAUGUUGCAUUUACCCACGAGCGCUCGUUGCCCCUUUUCCAGACACGUCUUGGCGAGGAUCUUGGUUGCCUCUCCGUGCAGACUGCCAUAGUACGACGCCGUGGUGACACCCUGCUUCAGGAAGCCGUCGACGCACUUGGCGUACGUCUCGCGGGCGUAUUCGGGGUCCUUGAACCUCGCCUCGUGCGGGAAGGUAACUGUGUUCAACCAGUCCAUGAUCAGGAGACCACGGCCCAUGCCCCGCUGCGUCCAUUGCGGGGCGUGGUUAUGCGUGUCCAGGAACCCGGGGAUGAGGAACUCGCCGUGCUUGAGGACGGUGACGGGUGCGGAUCUCAGGUCUGGUUCGGAGGAGAGGGUCGAGAUGUGCUUUUGGACGUCUUCCACGGGGAUGUUUCGUUCCAGGAAGACUAUCUUCCCCGUGGCAGACACCACAAGCAGGCCAUUCUC